AGUUUGUUGGCUGUGCUGUGAAGGAGUCAGUGCUGCAAGGAGCUGACCAUGAGAAAUCACAGAGAAGGUUCUGAAGCUGUUGGCCCUCUUGCAAUAGGACUGCUUCGCUGGAAAAAUCUGUGUGUGUAUGGGAACCCACCCCUCGGUCCCACUGUCCCUGAAGAUGCCUGUGUUCCUGGGUGUCGAUGUUUUGCUACACAGAAUGACUUCUCAUGUCCAUUGUCCUGUCCAGCAUCACUUUCAAUCACUCCAGUGCCUUCUUACAACAGUAGUAGUCAAGAAACUUUGAGUCAAGACUCCACAGGAUUGAGUCUAGAAGCUGCUGAACUUCCUGAUUUGGAUCUGGCAAAGCAAUGAAGUGGAUGCUUAAUGAACUUGACAGUUGACAAUUUAUCUGCUUCUCUAAUUAUUCUUACCGCUUAUGAGUGAGAAACUAAAAUCCACCUAGACACAACGAGCUGGUAGUUCCUGUAAAAUGUAUUUGGAAAUUCCAGCCAGCACUGAUCAUGCUGUUGGUUCAAGGCAUUUAAAACUGGCAAUGCUAGCACGUGCCUCCUGAACAGUUGCACCAAUGCGCUUCAAACUUGUCUUCAGAGAGCAUCUUUAGAGCUGGAAGUGCAUUUACUCUCCUGCAUUCUCUUUGUGCUAAUUUUGAAACUAGCUGGAAGACCUGGCCAUCCUCUUUAUCUACAACGUGGAUAUUUGCCCUUUUUGCUGAUCAGAGGUUGGCACAUCACUGCACGAGUUCAAGCAGGAAUCUCUUGUUAUCCCUGUUUGCUUCCUGCUGGUGCUUUGUGUGAACCUAAACUCAGGAGGGACUGUCAUACUCAAUCUCCUCCUCACAUCACUACUUAGCAAACACAGACUUAGAUUUAUAACAUUCAAUUCUUUUUGAUUGCCUUAUUUGGAUAGGCAAAUUUGGAUGUCCAAACUUAUUUGGGUAGUUUUUCUUGGAUGUAUUUCUACGCUGUUGAUUGAGAACCGUUGGGGCAAUAAGAAUUAUUUUGAAUAUCAGACUUCAUGGAGACUCCUUUUCUCUGGGCAAUAUUUUGGUUUUGUAAACUACUCAAUUAAUGAAGAAAAGGGUUAGGGUGGAUUUUGAAUCAGUAAUUGAAGAACUGGUUUUUACCUAAGGAUAUGUCUUCCUACCACUCUUCCAAUUGCAGCUUUCUAGUGCUAGAGAAUCUUCAAGGCUUAGUGCAAGAAGGAAAUGUUUAAUUAGUCCUUUAAAUCAAAGAAGGGUUUGUGAACAGCAAUCUGUUUCAUUCUCCUGUCAAUGACAUGCCUUUCCCUGUG